AUGGCACCUAUCGUCAAAACUUUACCGUCGUACAUUAAGGACUGCCAAAACGCACUUGAAAUUUUUCGUGACUUUUGUUUCCUCGACCAAAACAAACUUAUUUUCACCAUGGAUAUAACAUCUCUUUACACUGUCAUUCCCAAUGACGAAGGUCUCCGGGCCCUCAAACAUUUUUUCGAUCAACGCACUGUUAAGGAACCUAGCUCUGAAACACUACUCCGUCUGGCCGAACUAGUACUCACACUCAGUUGCUUUUCAUUCGGUGGUAACUACUACAAACAAACUGAUGGCGUGGCCAUGGGUACUAAAAUGGGACCCAGCUACGCCAAUCUUUUCGUAGGUUUUAUCGAACAUCAAUUUUUUAGCCAAUACCACGGCCCAAAACCUGAACUCCACGGCCGCUACAUUGACGAUUGCAUCGGCGCUACCUCCUCUACCAAAGAGGAGCUCACUCAAUUUAUAACCGCCGUCAAUUCCUUUCAUCCGGCUCUUAAAUAUACCUGGGAAAUUUCCGACACUUCUUUGGCUUUUCUAGACAUCAAAAUUUCAAUUGAAGGCAACGGCUUAUGUACUAGUGUUUACUACAAACCUACAGAUUCACAUAGUUACUUGUUGUAUUCAUCCUCACAACCAUCACACGUCAAGAACUCCAUACCUUUUUCACAGUUUCUCAGACUUCGUCGUUUAUGUAGUGACGACUCUGAUUUUUCCGUAAAAUCAGAGGCAAUGUGCCAGUUUUUCGAUAAACGUGGCUAUCCUGUUUCUGUCGUUCAAGCGGGCUACCACCGUGCCCAACAAAUCGAUCGACAGGCAGCACUACAAACGGCCGAGAAGGAGACUUCAGAUUCAGAGAUUCAGAGACUGGCACUAUCUUUUCGCAACCCCCACUUAUUUCAUUCAAACGUGACAAAAACAUAG